UAAAUUUUAUUUAUUGUUUUUUUUUUUUUUUAAAAGCAAACUUUUUUUGGUGCUGUUCAAUUCCAUUUUGUUUAUAAAGCUUUCAUCUUUCACUUGCACACAUCAAAAACUCAAUCAGUGUUGAGAAAAUUUUCACAACUCAUAUUCAGGCGUUCAAGAAGGGAUCUGAUAGCAAAUGGCUAAGGAAGCUUCAAACGGAGACACUAAUGCAGCUUCCAAACCACCCCCAUCCCCAUCACCCUUAAGAAAUUCCAAAUUCUUUCAGUCCAAUAUGAGGAUUUUGAUCACUGGAGGAGCUGGAUUCAUUGGUUCUCACCUUGUGGACAGGUUGAUGGAAAACGAAAAGAAUGAGGUGAUUGUUGCGGAUAACUACUUCACUGGCUCAAAGGACAACCUAAAAAAAUGGAUUGGUCACCCAAGAUUUGAGCUUAUUCGUCAUGAUGUCACUGAGCCAUUGCUGGUGGAGGUGGACCAAAUUUAUCAUCUUGCUUGCCCUGCUUCUCCCAUCUUCUACAAAUACAAUCCUGUGAAGACAAUAAAAACAAAUGUGAUUGGUACAUUGAAUAUGCUGGGACUUGCAAAGCGAGUGGGAGCAAGGAUUUUGCUUACAUCAACUUCAGAGGUGUAUGGAGAUCCUCUUGUGCAUCCCCAGGACGAAAGUUAUUGGGGAAAUGUUAACCCAAUUGGGGUUAGGAGUUGCUAUGAUGAGGGAAAGCGAGUAGCUGAAACUUUGAUGUUUGAUUAUCAUAGGCAGCAUGGGAUUGAGAUUAGGAUUGCUAGGAUUUUCAACACCUAUGGACCUCGCAUGAAUAUUGAUGAUGGGCGUGUUGUCAGCAAUUUCAUUGCUCAAGCAAUCCGUGGUGAGCCCUUGACUGUUCAAGCGCCUGGAACCCAGACAAGGAGUUUCUGUUAUGUCUCUGACAUGGUUGAUGGCCUUAUUCGACUCAUGGGAGGAGAGCACACUGGGCCCAUCAAUAUAGGGAAUCCAGGUGAAUUUACCAUGGUUGAACUUGCAGAGACUGUUAAGGAGCUUAUCAAUCCUGAGGUGGAGAUCGCAAUGGUGGAGAACACCCCCGAUGAUCCUCGCCAGAGGAAGCCAAUUAUCACAAAAGCAAAGGAACUGCUAGGAUGGGAACCAACAGUCAAGCUGCGCGAUGGCCUUCCCCUCAUGGAGGAUGAUUUCAGGACUAGGCUUGGAGUCCCCCGAAAGAAGUAAAAGUACAUUUUAUAGCAAUGAACUGCAAGGAUGCAGGCACGCUGUGUGCAUUCAUUUCCCGGUUUACAUCAGCACAAGAGUUUGAGAAAUGCUUGAAACCGGCAUUUUACUUUGGUGCACUAUAUGUUCUUUAUUCCUAUAUAUGUGAAUUGGUAUUGGCUCUUAUUUUUGUAAUGAAGUUUUACUCAUAACCAGGAAAUUCUUUACCUGGGCAUUUUUUACGGUAUUUGAAUAAAAUAUUUAGGAAGAAUAUUUUUUA